UCCCUAUGCCACAAUGCCUCACAGUAUGGGUGUCAGCGGGCUGCUGAAUGUAGUUCUCCACGUGCUGGUGUUUAGAGGUGCGAUAGCUUGGAUAACGCAAUGCAUAGAUCGUCGGGAAGAUAAGAUCAUCUUCAACUGCCCUUCGGAUCACGUGAUCUACCAACCUAAGAUUGUUCUGGGAGCAAGCGCUAACGACAGGUGCAGGUUCCAAGAUGGCGACUGUACAGGUCUCACCCUCGAACUAAGGAAAGAGAGGGCGGCGUGUUUCUGGAGCAAGUGGUGUAAACUACGUUGGAGAAGUACUCAGCCCAUGACGUCCCCAGUCAACACCACGUGUGAUAGUGUCAGGCCAACAUACGUCAUGUAUGACAACCCUACAUGUAUUCAGACAGAUGAAAUCCUCGAUAUCUGUUCCCGUGAUUCCCAGCUGUCACGUAUCACUAAAGGCGUCAUACGUAGCAGCCCAAGUUACCCCUACAACUAUGACGACAUGAUGACGUCAUGCAGUCAGGUGCUCCGUUUCCGACCUGGACAUACCUUGGUGAUCACGGUGGACGACCUUGACACCAAUGGCCACAACCAGGAUCAUCUGAAGAUCUCAAGCCAGGCGGGACCAAGGGAUAAAGUGUUGUUUUACAGACGCGGCUUGGAAUCGAAUGAGGAAAACUUCCUAAUACAAGGGGAAAACGUCACUAUUACCUUCAGCAUAUCAGCAGGGAGGCGGGCAGGACGAGGGUUCAUACUUCGAUUCGAAUACAUGAAGGACGAGAGCACUCAACGGACAAUCAAGGAUCUGGUACAGACGCCGUCCGUAAAAAACUCACAACUGACAAACACAGCGGUCACUGUUACAGGCUCUGUUGACAAAUGCAUCGUCAGCAGGAAAGAUUCCAUGAGUAUCGUGUGUCCUUCCGGUCACGUGAUAUUCAAACCUGAAUUUGUAGCUGGUGUGAGCAAUGGCGGACAAUGCAUGUCUGUUCCCGGAGAUUGUCAAGGCCUCACCCAUACUCUCAUCACUCAACGAAAUCGGUGCUACUGGAAGAACGCGUGUGAUUUCAGCUGGACGAGAGGAGUUCCUUUAACCAUGACAAGCACGAUGAACUGUUUGGCCCAGGUUCCCAAAUACAUCUCAGUGGAGAGCUAUCAGUGUAAGCCCAAAGGGUCUGUCUUCAACAUUUGUGACAGAGCCAUUGACGUCAUCAACGCCACAGCUGGUAUCAUACGUAGCCACUCCAACUACCCAUGGCACUACUCUGCAAUUGAAACCACAUGUCGUAAAUACAUCCCUGUCCACAACACGUACGGUUUACGUAUAUACACUGAGGAAAUCGACCUUGACCCUGACACAAGACAGGAUAAUCUCCGGUUCUUCAACGCCAAGGGUGAGAUGAAGAAGGUGAGAGGGAGCCAGAAUGUGGACAUUACUGUCAAGGAUGGAUGUGUCAUGCUGCAGUUCCACGUGUCCAUGCGAUCAAAAGGAGGGAAAGGUUUCAUUCUAAAGUUUCAAACUGCAGUGAAGUCCAGCGGAGAGACGAAGACGUUGCCAUCACAUACCUGCGAGGAUAUGAUGAAGCGCAAAAAGCACGGCCGUAGUACUGGAGUGAAAGCUCGUGGGGGACAACGGACACGCUGCUCUGACUCGACCGGGACGAAGGUCCGGUGUAAGAAGAUUAGACGAAGAAAGAAAGGCAAGAAGGGCAUUACUGUUGUCAAGGCAAUGGUGAGGAAGUCUGGGAGAAUGCAGAAUACCGAGGGGGAAAAGACCAGAAAGGGGCGUCGCAACAGACGAGGACGGGAGAAGAAGAGAAGGAACAGACGUAAAAAUAGGAGAGGAAGAAGAAAGAAGAAGAACAAAUGGAGAAGAAGAGGCAGACGACCCAAUGUACGUCAAACGUCUGUCGAUGGAACAUGGAAUACAAUAAAUAGCGAAGCUUCGUAACAAGUCGUGAGGUCAUGUUCAUGGACAGGUUCAUUUUGUCAACGGCGCUGUCAAGUCAUUGCAAUCUACGUCUUCAACGUUUCAAUGGUGCUGUUAAUUCAUGCAAAACAUGUGCAUAAGUGUUUCAGUCGUGUUGCCAAUUUAUGCCAACCAUAUUUGUUUCAGUUGUGUUGUCAACUGAUGAAUCACUGCAAAUCACAAGGUUUUAACUAUUUGAAUAGUGUUGCCUUUUCACGUAAAUCAUACGUGUUCAGUAUUUCAAUAAUGUUGCCCAUUCAUUGCAAAGCUCGAUGUGUUCACUGUUAGAAUAGUGUUUCCUUUUCACGUAAACACGAGGCCGUUGGUAGCCGAGUGGUUAAACCGUCCGCUCGUCACGCCGAAGACCCGGGUUCGAUUCCCACAUGGGUACAAUGUGUGAAGCCCAUUUCUGGUGUACCCGGACGUAAUAUUGCUGGAAUAUUGCUAAAAGCGGCGUAGAACCACACUCACUCACCUAAACCAUAUGUGUUCAAUAGUUCAAUAAUAUUGCCCAUUCAUUGCAAAGCUCAAUGUGUUCACUAUUUGAAUGGUGUUGCCUUUCACGUAAACCGAGGAUUCAAUAUUUCAGUAAUGUUGCCUAUUCAUUGCAAAGCUCAGUGUGUUCGCUAUUUGAAUGGUGUUGCCUUUCACGUAAACCAUAUGUCUUCCAUAGUUCAGAUAUACUGCCAAUUCAUUGCAACUACAAGUUGCUAACUAUUUAUCGCAUCCUGAAUGUUUCAAUAUUACAGCAUAGUAUCGGACACCAUGAUGAACGUUUAAGCGUUCGGCUGACUUAUUCAUAUGUGAAAGAACCCAUUCCAUUGGAUUUGUCCAAUGCAUAGAGAAUUUCAUACUCGUUUCACUAAAAUCAUCACAUGCUGAUUAACCUUCGAGAUUAGACCCGCCAUUGACGUCUUAGACUGUUUUGUAUAUUUAAAAUCAAAACACAAGAAGGUUCAUUGUAUUUGUUAUAAAACAUUAUUCCCAAGUCUUGAAGUUAAAACACACAUAUUACUUUGAUGACUACUACUUUUGAGUUAUGUUCACCAUCAUAAAAUCACGAUUGUACCUCGCUAUGCAACAUAACAGAAAGUACCUCUUUAACAAUACGUCGUAUUCUCCUUAUUAGUCCAUGUAAUGGUAAGAUUAACCAGAAAUAAUUAACCCGCCAAAUCGGCGAAAUAUUAUUUUUUCACAAAUGGGAAAUUGGUCAGUUGGUUAAUCGGUUAUGGAAAUACAACAAGUCUUGAGAUACAAUGUCGCGUAUGACGUAACAGACGAAUGGUGACGUCACUGGUACGUCACAGUGCUACACAAACAAUGUGUUUUUCUAAGUCGAGCCAAAAGGUGUUCCUUGGUGUUAUACCGUUAUUUGAAUGAAAAUUCGGUAAAUCUACAUUUGCAUUUAUCCUGCUAUCAGACGCCGUGUUUUCUGAACCGUUACUGCCAGGAAUAUCGAUAUAAACAGUAACAUUUCACAGAAGCAUAUUUGUUAAUAGGGAAACUCGUUUAUCUGGACUCUCUAUCUAACAUUCCGGACUAUAUGGGCAUCACUGUUUGUCAAUUAUCUCUUCAGUGUAUUUUUCAUUCAUGAUGCUUCACCUUUUCGUAACAUUCCUAAAGUAUGUCUUGUAUCAGCAUUGCAGUGUGUGUUUGAUUCCAUUGUGUGCUGCCGAUUCUUUUAUCAUUGUUCAUUUUGUUAUGUUGAAUAAAAUCUAUUUUCGU